UUCAAUAUAAACAAUUCAAGAAAAUUGGCAGAGUGGGAUGAAUGAAUCUAGGGUUCAAACUUCAAAUACACCUUCAUCUUUGACCCGAGAUCCAAGAACAAAACAUGACUUCAAUCUUAGUUCACCCCAUCUUUACUCAUCUCCAGAUUGCAAGAUUAAUGGCUCACAGUAAGCCAGUUUGACCCUAAGAGCUUCCACUGUAACUCAUGGCUAGACAGUUUUCUGGGAUCAGAUUCUCCUCACCUGCUGCAAUUUGCAGCCUUCUGGGAUGCUUUCUUGUUUUCAAUCUCUACUUCUGGAACUUUCUGGGAGAAAAGGCUGAUAAGGGCAAUACCCACCACCAAUUUCUCCAUGAGAUUGAGCUGAUUCAAAUCCCUCAAGAAUCUGACAACCUGACUGAUGAGUUUCUUGAUGAAUCUUCAAAAUUCAGGCACAUUUUCUUCCCAGACAGGACAAUUGCUGUAGAUCCCAGAAAAGAUGAUCCAGAAGAGAAUCUGUACCAUUAUCCAGGGAGAUCAUGGCUGGACAGUGAUGGAAACCCUAUCCAGGCUCAUGGUGGAGGCAUUCUGUAUGAUGAGAAAUCAAGAACAUAUUUUUGGUAUGGUGAAUACAAGGAUGGCCCUACUUAUCGUGCUCGAGGCAGGGGGACAGCGCGUGUAGACAUCAUCGGUGUUGGCUGCUAUUCGUCCAAGGAUUUAUGGACAUGGAAGAACGAAGGCCUCGUCCUGUCUGCGGACAAAAACAACAUUACUCAUGACCUGCACAAGUCCAAGGUUUUGGAGAGACCAAAGGUUGUUUACAAUGACAAAACUGGGAAAUAUGUAAUGUGGAUGCACAUAGAUGAUGGGACAUAUGGCAAGGCCUCUCAGGGGAUUGCCCUUAGCGAUUCCCCCACGGGGCCUUUUCGUUAUCUCCAUAGCAAAAGGCCUAAUGGAUCUGAAAGCCGGGAUAUAACAGUAUUCAAAGAUGAUGAUGAUGGGAAAGCCUAUGUUAUUUUCUCAUCAGUCCACAAUAAGGAGCUUCAUAUUAGCCCUUUGAGCCAAGAUUUUCUUGAUGUUUCAAAUGUUAUGGCAAAAGCCCUUGUGGGACAAUACAGGGAAGCUCCAGCUUUGUUCAAAUAUAAAGGCAAAUAUUUCAUGGUCACAUCAGGGUGCAGUGGGUGGGCACCAAAUGAGGCAUUGGUUCAUGUGGCUGAUUCAGUUAUGGGGCCUUGGGAGACCAUAGGGAACCCUUGUGUGGGGGGGAGUAAGGGUUUUCGAGUGGCGACGUUCUUUUCUCAGAGCACAUUUGUUCUCCCCAUGCCUAAUAGUCCUCCUGGUUGGUUCAUUUUCAUGGCUGAUAGGUGGAAACCUGAUGAUUUGAGAGACUCUAGGUAUGUAUGGCUCCCACUCAGAGUGGAGGAGGUUGAAGAUGGUGUUGUGAUGAGGCCUAGGGUGUCUGUUUUUUGGCAUAAAAGAUGGAGACUUCCUGAUAAAAAACAUCUGGAAAUGUAGUUGUGAUGUUGCUUGUGCAGUACUAGAAUAAAUUUUAUGUUACACCAUCUUAA